CACGCAUAUACCCAUGCACACACUCUACAGGACCUGAGGUCACGUUGUCGAUUUCUUUCCGUGGCAGUUACUCAUUCAAGCACGACAACGUACAAUAUCGCUAUUUACUGUUCAUUUUAUUUGUGAAAGCCGGCAUCGCUUGCUCUUGCAGUAUAUGUAAUCACACGGAGAGCAGCAAUAUUUCGUGCUUAAACGGGAUUGAUUUUUCACGUCUGCUGUUUAACUCGACGAAGUUGAGCCUUUAUAAUCAGGAGUCAGUUUGAUAUUGCCAGUGAAAAUGAGCGCCAGGCUGUUCGAAGAAGCUGACCACGCCGAAUGCUACCAGAAAAGUCGUCCGGAUUGGCCGCAGGAAAUCAUCCAGACUUGCUUGUCCUUUCUUCGCGAAAAGAGGACUGGGCCGUUUGAACUGGCGGUUGAUGUCGCGUGCGGCUCAGGGCAAAGCACACGACCAUUGGCACCUCAUUUUGCCAAAGUAAUCGGAACGGACAUCAGCGAGGAACAACUCGGAGCUGCCAAACGUGUUAGUAAUCCGCCAAAUGUGGAAUACAGAAUUGGAAGAGGUGAGUGCAUCCCUGUAGCAGACAACUCGGCAGACCUUGUUACGUGUGCCACAGCUGUUCACUGGCUUGAUGUUGAUGAAUUCUUUCGGGAAGUCGACCGGGUCCUGAAACCUCUCGGAUGUGUCUUCAUUUACAGCUAUCACAUCAUUUAUCCCUAUUGGGAGGGGGAGGAUUCAAUGAACCAAGAACUGGAGAAGCUUGUGCGUGAGGUGUUCAUGAACAUAUUGGUCCCGCAUUUCAACGAUCGCAUACAUCUGGCUUUAAACAAUCUGACUGACAUUCGUAUUCCGUAUGCAGAGAAUAUAAGGAUGAGAAAAUCUUAAAUCAUCAAUAUGCCGGGAGUUGAUAUGAAUGUGUUCUACCACGGAACUGCAUGAAACGUCACGAUACAAAGUUUUAGCAACAAAAGACACCAGUAUAUCGUCCAGAUGGGACUGGAGAGAAUACCAGUUCAACUGUUUAGGCCUAAGUCGAUCAAGGUAGGGCAUCUCCAUUCUCCUCUGCCAGAGAAGAAUUCUUGUCGCCCGUCUUUGGACCUGCUCAAUAUUCCUGUGUGCUAAGGUACCAAACGGACAAUCCAUAUUCUAAAAUGGGUAUAACAAGCGAUUUGUUGAGACAAAACCGAGCAUGUGUGGAGAGACCUUCAGCCACACUUGAAAUAAAACCAAGCAUCUUAUUAGCCCUAAACGUAACGUACUUCACGUGUCUUUCCCAGGUUAAUCGGUAAGCUAAAAACACACCGAGGUACUUUAUUCCAUUAACAACCUGCAGUGGACCAGAGUGGAGCUAGGAUAUAUUGCGGGUCGAUAACCCUAUUCGUCUUUGUAAAUCUAACCACUUUUGUUUUAGAGGGAGGAAGUUUCAGACCAAUCAGAGUAAUGACCCUGAAAAUGGACCGUUAUAUUACGACCCUACAGGAAAGAUUUAAUCCAGUGCCAUACAUCUCCUGUGAUAUUAAAAAGACUUGAGAAUUUGUAUAACAGGUACCAUAAUGUCGAAAGCCUUUGAAAAUUACAAAAAACUGCAUUAACCAUUUGGGCCUCUCGACGAUCUAAUGUAGAUGACCAAUCAUAGACAACAUUCAUUAAUUGGGUCACGCAGGAUUUCCCUUUAGAGAACCCAUGUUGUACUGGGGUCAUCAAGUGAUUAUCCCGGAGAUGAUCUUGCAUGGAGUUAGUCACUAUAUGGUUGUGGUAAUGGACAUCUGUUGAGGUAAUGGACAUCUUGUAUCAUCAGCGAAACGAUGAAAAAAUUAAAAAUGCAGAUUUUUUUGCUAAUGAAAGUAUGCCUCAUGGUAAGUUGACGAUGUUAGCAGAUCCGGGUAAAAAUAAUAGUGGAAACCAAAGGAGUAUGACUGUUUUUCUGCAUUGCCCCAGGAAUGAAGCGCUCGAGUUCCGACAGGAAUCUUCGGUUGAGUCCUACAUGGGAUAUCUCAAGUCCUUAUCCGGCUACCGGGCGUAUCGUCAGAAG